UUGGGGUGCACGCGCGUGGCAGCAGGAUUUAUACAACAACCCUAGUGCGUGCAAUGACACAGAAACCACGUGCUUCCAAACGCCGCCUACUCCGCUUCGGAAUGGCGCACGUCUGUGAUCGAGCUGCCAUCGGCGAUGACGAUCGUCGCUGCGAAUUUUGCAGCAAACUAUUAAUACAGAGGAAGAACAUGCUGCAACACAUCAGGAACGUUCACAAAAUGGCCGUGGAUGUCAAGAAAUUGAUGAAAUGCGACGUAUGUGGCACUUCCCUGCCUACAAUGGAGAAGUAUUCGGUGCACCAGAUCGCUGCGCACAACUUCGAGGCUGACUACGUGCACUUGGUGUUCCGGAACAAUAAGGAAUUUCAUGAAUGGAAAGCAGAAGAAGAGGGUAGCCAAAACUGCUGGCUCAUUUUGCCCAGGGACCCCAAAAAGCUGGCUAGUGGAGAGACAAGGAUCCACUAUUACUGUAAUAGAUCAGGUGAGGCAAGGAAAAAGGAAGGUCAUAGUGACCGUCGGGAGAAAAGUCAGGGGAGCUGUAGGGCUGGUAAGAUAUGUCUUUCAUUUAUUACCGUCACAAUGGACAACACUCAGAGUCCGACACCUGAAGGCAUCACCAUAAAAGUCAGGUAUAAAAGAAACUAUUACGGUCAUAAACCAGAAAUUCAGCACUUGAGAAUGAGUGACAAGGAAAAGGCCAGCGUAGCAGAGAACCUAGAAAGGGGUGUGCCCAUGAAAACAAUUCUAAAGCGAAUAAGAACAUCUGUGGCAUCCAAGCUGAGGCCAGUGCACUUGGCAGAGUGCUCAACCCUGCAUAACAUCAAACAGCAGUUUAACAUUGCUGCUCCUGAACAUUGUCACACUAAUGACGCUAUCAGUGUAGACACAUGGGUGCUUGUGAUGAAAGAAAAAGGUUAAACACUUGUCCGCCUAUACAAGGCACAAGGUGCAGUGGACCCAAGUGGUACAUUUCCUUCAGCGGACUUUGCUCUUGUUCUGAUGACAGAGCCUCAGAAGGAGCUACUAGAAAAAUUGGGCUCUGCAGGGACUGUAUGUCUUGACUCCACACAUGGAACUACAGAGUACCAGUUUGAGCUGACCACUCUUCUGGUGCUAGAUAAAGUAGGAUCAGGUGUAGCUAUAGCUUAUUUCAUCUGCAACCGGAUGAACGAGCAAACUUUGACAGCAUUCUUCAAAUAUCUGGAGUCGGCCAUGGCCAAAAAAGUGGCCGCUAAGACAUUGAUAUCUGAUGAUGCGUCGCAAUUCUACAAAGCAUGGUCCAUGGUCAUGGGCGCCGCAAAACAGAAACUUCUCUGUGCCUGGCAUGUGGAUAACAAUUGGCGUAAGAAGAUACUCGAAUGAGUAGAGAAACAGCUAAGGCCACAUGUUUACCAUAGUGUGUGGCUACUCUUAGAGUUCCUCGCGGAAAAGGCAUUUGAAGAUUAUUUUAAGCAAUUCCUUUCUAGCGAGGAAGAAAAACUGAGGGACUUCCUGAAGUACUUCAAUGACCACUAUGCAGUUAGGCCGCAAGAGUGGGCCUAUUGCUUUAGGACUAGAGCAGCUGUCAACACUAACAUGCACCUCGAGAGCAAGCACAGGACGUUAAAGCAUACUAUGCUGGAGAGAAAACAGAAUAAGCAUGGUGACAAACUAAUUUCUGCCCUCAUGGACUUGACAAAUCAUUUUUUAAUGAAAAGGGCUAUCCAGAUGAUGAAAGGGGCAAAGGGUAAGAAGCUGAGCAGAAUUCAGAAGAACCACAGGUCUGGCAGUGAAAUGGCAGCUUGUGCCAAAUUAAAUGAAGACGGCAUAUGGACUGUGCCAUCUCAGUCUAUUAAAGGGCUCUCAUAUAAAGUGUCAAAAGUGGGAGAUGGUGCUUGCUGUCCUUUGAGGUGCAAGGAAUGCGCAGUGUGUGUGCAUACUUACAUGUGCACUUGCUAUGACCAUCUUAUACACUUUACAGUGUGCAAGCACAUUCACUGUGUGGUCAUCGCUAAUACAACUAGCAGCAACAAGGCCCAUGAGAGCUCACCCGAAGAAGCAUGUGAG